AUGACGUCUGCUAAGACUUCGAGUAAAUCGAAAUCAUCAUCAUCAUCACAAAAGAUUAAUUCACCAAAAAAAUCUAAUACAAAUCAACGAAAUGUUAAAUCAUCACGACGUCCAAAUUAUCAACGAAUGGUUACUGAAGCACUUAGAGAACUCGAUUCACGUAAAGGUUCAACUCGAUCAAAAAUUUUGAAUCAUAUUAAAAAUACCUAUGGAGUCGAAAGUGGUAAAAGUGCUAAUAGUCAUCUUCGUUCUGCACUUGAAGCACUUCUUGAAGAAAGUAUUAUUACACUUGCUCAAGGUAAAUUUCUUAUUUAUGUAUUUCAUAUUAUCUAUAGUUUAUCAAUAGGUACAGGAUAUAGUAAUGCUUAUUACAGAAUAACACCUAAAGGAAGAAAACAAAAUAAGAAACAAUCAUCAUCUUCAAAAAACAAUCAAGAAGAAUCAUCAUCAGAAAAUGAAAAUGAUGAUCGUAGUAAUAAAUCUUCUUCUCGUUCACAAUCAAGAUCUAGAAAACAAAAUCAAACUAAUCGUCAAAGUCAAAAUCGUACCGGUUCAAAAGGUCGAUCAAAAUCUUCAAAUAAAAAUCAAUCUCCUAGUCGUAAAACAAACAAAUCAUCACAAAAUCGAUCACGAUCAUCAUCUAAAAGUGAAAAAGGUGAUGGUCGCAAAUACAAUAAAUCACCACAAAAACGAAAUCAAUCACGUUCAUCAAGUAAAACAAAAUCUGGUGGUCGUCAAAAAAGUAAAUCAUCAAAUCAAAAUAAAUCUCGUCAAUCAACUUCUCGUUCACCAAAUAAAUCAAAAAGUAGCAAGAAAAAUCAACAACAACAACAAGAUGAUGAUGAUGAUGAUAAUGAAGAAUUAGAAAAUGAAGAACAACAAUCACAACAACGUGGAAGAUCUAAAGGUGGUCGUAAACGACAAGGAAAUGAUGAAAAUCAAGAAUCAGAAAAUAAACAAAAACGAUCUAGAUCUUCAAAGAAAAAAUCAUCAGGAAAAAAUAAUGAUGAUGGUAAAUCAUCACCAACAAAAAAAGCUCGAAGUUCUACUGGUGGUGGUAAUAGAAAAAAGGCAAACAAAUGA